CUCUCUCCCGGCAGGAAGAUGGUGUCAGUCAGGAUGCAGCCUUGCGUGUUCUCAGUUUUACUUCUAAACGUUUUCUACAGCUGCGUCUCCUCGUUGUAUUUUCACAUCGGUGAGACCGAGAAGAAAUGCUUCAUUGAGGAAAUUCCGGACGAGACGAUGAUUAUUGGUAACUAUCGCACUCAGCUGUAUGAUAAACAAAAAGAGGAGUAUAUGCCGGCCACUCAGGGUCUGGGUAUGUUCGUUGAGGUCAAAGACCCUGAUGACAAGGUGAUUCUGUCUCGGCAGUACGGCUCGGAGGGACGCUUCACCUUCACGUCGCACACACCUGGAGAGCACCAGAUCUGCCUCCACUCCAACUCCUCCAAGUUCUCGCUGUUUGCUGGAGGCAUGCUGAGGGUCCAUCUGGACAUCCAGGUGGGCGAGCAUGCCAACAAUUAUGCCGAGAUCGCCGCUAAGGACAAACUGACGGAGCUGCAGCUGCGAGUCCGACAGCUGGUGGAGCAGGUGGACCAGAUCCAGAAGGAGCAGAACUAUCAGAGGUACCGUGAGGAGCGUUUCCGUCAGACCAGCGAGAGCACCAACCAGCGCGUCCUCUGGUGGUCCAUCGUCCAGACCCUGAUCCUGGUGGCCAUCGGCAUCUGGCAGAUGAGACACCUCAAGAGCUUCUUUGAGGCCAAGAAGCUGGUGUAACUCCAUGGAAAAGCACGUGCGUGUUUGGUGUGUGAGUGUGUGUGUUUAGUCUCUACUUGUGAAUGCAGUACUGAGCGGAUGAGGUCGCUGCUGUCGGGCGAGAGGCUGCAGAAGAGAUGGAAGCAGAGAAAUCCAGCCAAAGCAUCUUUGUUGUUUUCUCUGCAGCCUGGUUGGUGACAAACCCGUCACACCUGCAGAAGACUUCAAGGAACACUGUGUGUGUUUGUGUGUGUGUGUUUGUGUUUAUUUGUCACCGACAGAUGGGGAAAGCUUUCACGUCCACGUCCCCGUUUUGGUUCUUGAACUCACGGUGACGUUGUGUUACUUGCCACCAGAGAUGUUCUCGACGAAGAAAAGUCAGGUGGUCACUUGUUCAGCAGAAAUUAAGAAUUGAUUUGUAAAACAACUAUUUCACAUAUUUUCUGCAUCAGCUGAUUUUUCUGCUGCACUGAAGCUCAAGUGUCUGAGAUGUAAUCAGAUUACUGAGAAAACUGAGCGUAUUUACUGAAACUGAGCUCGUAGCGCCGGCGCGUUCGCAUCCAGAUCGAUCGUUAGAAAUCAGACUGACAGGAAACAUCUGCAGAAGUUGUUUAACGGGUCAGUUUGAGCAAAAGCUAAAAUACUUUUACAGGUUUGAGUCAGAAAAAGAUUUUUUUUCCUGCUUUUCUUUGUUCCAUUGUUGGUUUAUUUUGAGGUUCUCAAACUGUCCCCUUCAGCUCAGCCACAGAUUUGGACUGUUGCUGGUUUCAUUUAAAGUUUUUAGAUCAUGAAUCACAUUAAUGACGGCUCCCUCACAUAAAAAUGGUUGUUUUUUGUUUGUUUUUUUUUAACCCCCCAGUUUGUUGCAAACAUGAGUCGUCAAAAAGUUUUUUUUUUAACUUCUUGACUGACCUAAGACGUAUCUCUUGUGAGACCCAUUUGGGCCUGAUCUGGGCUACUUUUGGCACUCAUGGAUGAGUUCUGGCACUGCCGAGCCUUCUUUGGCUUUUUUCCUGGACUCGCUGCUGCGACGUGGCUCAGAGGAAACUGAAGAUUGGCCGAUGUUGAUGUCCUGAAACACUGACAGAAGUCUCAGAUAAACAGAGCGAUGUUUGACUCUUCUGAAUCAAAAUAAAAAAAGGAGAAAGAAAUGAUGCAGAUUGUGAACCUUGUUCUUUAUUUUGUUAAUUUCUGUAGAAAACAAAACAACCAUCACGACCCAAAAGAGCAGCAGAACUUUUCAGUUGCACAGGAAACAUUUGGUGUCUGUCAGCAUCUCUUCUGCUGUAUAACCAUAAAGUUUCUAAUGAAGAAUUGAGAGAACUUUUUUUUUUUUUUAAUAUAAAUUCAGAAUAUUCAUAUGAAGCUGCAGAUUGACUGCAGUCAAAAGAAACAUUAGAAAAGCAUCCAGAUUAAACAUUUCAGGAAGUCAUUCUGUUGGCAGUUUAAGCCAUAAUUACCAACUGGGAUCUUUUUAAAUCUUAAAAGCUGGAAGUUGUCAUCAGUCUUUUCGUGUCAAAUUUAGUGAGUCAAGAAAUAUUCAACUUGUGCAGAGCUGCAGGUUUUUGUUAUUACUCUACUCAGAUAUUCUCUGAUUUUAAAUCCUCCUGUUUGUUUUCUUUGUUCUUUUUUUCUCUCUUCUGUUCUUGAGAUUUUUUUUAAGAAUCUGCAGAUUUUCAUUUGUUAAAAGGUUUUUAGAAAAUAUUUUGUUGUAGAAUUUAAAUCAAAUGGGGAGUUUUUUCUUCUUUUUUUUUGGUAGUUUUGCUUUUGGGGUUUGAAGUUUUUUGUGUAAAGUGCACGUGAGACGGCUCUGAAGUUGCACUCAGAAUAAAGUUUUUGUUUUGAAGGAUGCAACUGAUCAGCAGUUUCUUCUCUCAUAAAGUUCACAGCAAAACUCAACUCACAGUUGCUGUUAGAGGUUUUUAUGCUGUCAAAAUAUUGUAUUUUGAGGGGAAUUAUAUUGGAACAGAUUUAAAUAAAUGUGACUGCAAAAUGUAAUAAAAUUAAUACUAAACCGA